GUAUAGUAUGGGGCGGUGAGUAUUGCACUUUUCAUUCCCUUCGUUCUCAAAUUUACAUGCAGGAGCGAACUAUUCCGGCGAAGCAGAGAACGGCGAGCACUUCAGCUGCUCGAAACCAGGCCACAGUACAGUCCGAGGCCUUAAAGUCACACAGUGAACGCAUCUUUCCUGGUACCUGCAGAAACGAGGAGAAAGGAGAGUCACAAUGUCGACAAUGGAUGAGAGCUUCGUAGACGUGGAGAGACCAGCCGACACGCACGAACCUCAAAAAGACACCUCCUCCAUCUCAAGCUACGAAUGGACCUACCUCAACGGCCGCCGCUACGCCUCCAGCUCCCUCGGCCAUUACUACAUGCCCAACGACGAGCCCGAAAUCCAACGCCUCAACGAACAACACUGCAUCUCGACCCAAGUCAAAGGAGACAAACUCCACUUCGCUCCUCUACCCUCACCAAACCAUCGACCUCUCCGAAUCCUCGACAUAGGCUGCGGCAGCGGAAUCUGGUGCCUCGAAAUGGCAGACAAAUAUCCACACGCAAAAAUCACAGGCAUGGAUGUCAGUCCCAUUCAACCUUCAAAGAACAAGCCCGACAAUGUAGGAUGGAUUGUACAAGAUAUGGAGGGCGACUGGCCAUUUCCAUCACAGCAAGAGGAUGGAUCAGAAGGAUACUUCGAUUUGAUACAUUUGAGUCUCGUACACGGCUGUGUAGCAGACUGGGACAAAUUCAUGCAGAAGGUCGUGAAGCAUCUCGUGCCGGGAGGAUGGGUGGAACAUCAAGAGUUCUCGCUUUGCAGACAAUACAUGCUAGACGCGCAAGGGCAAAAGAUCGACAUGGGAGAAGAUGUGGACAAGUUCCUACCAUUCUUCCGAUGGAACCGGCUAAUGGAGCAGGCAGCGGCGAAGAGAGGGAGACAAUUGCAGUUGGGACCACAUUUGAAAGACUUCCAAGAAAGAGCAGGGCUGUUGCGAGUGGAGGAGAGGGUGUUCGCGCACAAAUGGGGAACCUGGAUGGACGAUCCGCAAGAGCGAGAGCUGGGAGAGAGGACAAUGCUGAGUACGAUGACUGGAAUGGAAGGCUUCACGACUGCGAUGUUUACCAAGUCCCUCGGCUGGAGCUUGGAAGAUACAAAGGCUUUUAUUGUGGAUAUCAAGCAGAACAUGCGGGACGACUCGAUUCGGAAAGUCAUCGAUUUGCAUGUUGUGUGUGGGCAGAAGCCUAGUCUACCCGAGAAGUCGAGUAUUGUUGAGGACCGGAGUGGGAAGACAUCGCCGUUACUCUCAAUCGGAACUGGCGUCCUGGUCGUGGCAGGUGCGGCGUCUUUGUUCUCGUUGUGGUUGGCCCGAAGGCGAUAG